AUGAAGAAGCAGAAGCGGCAGAAGGCGUAGAAGAAGAAGUACUUACAUUUGUUUUUAUGUGUAUUCUUUGACUUCAUCCACCUUUUUAUUUUGGUGCUUUGUGUCAACGCGCUGUUUGGUAUCAUACUUGUCAAUGAGUGAUGGAGUCCUUUCACCCUCUGGAAACACUGCCUGGUCGUGGUGAUCACGAUGCCAUCAGUGUCGCCUCCUGGGUGUCAGUGUGUCCCAGAGGCCUGUGGAAUGUCCAGCAAAAGCGAAUGUGCGAUGGGAGUCAACAGACUGUUUCAAGUUCUGUCGAUGCAUGUUCACCUGGUUACUAUCCAAGGUUGGGUUCGCUGUGCCGAGUUCGAGUGCGGCUCAAAGGUAGCGUCGGUGAAGCAGAGAGCUCAGUGUCUGAAAGAAGAAGUGAGAAGCUGGAGGUUGAGCCUGACCGGUCAGUCAGUGAAGUUACAGAGUCAGUUGCCACACCUUUUCUGAGGUGCAAAGACUCUGUCCUGCAGAUCCCACUGGGCGACUGGACAACAUUGAAGCUAGGAGAGGGUCAGUGUGAUGUCACAGAAGCAUGUCUGGAGAGGAUGAGAGCUGGAGAGAAAUGUGAGAUACAUCUGUCUCAAGUGGGGAAUGGAGCAGAUGUCACUCUUCCACAUCCCUCAGAUGAAAACCUUCUUUUGUGCGCCACAGUCGAACUCCAAGCUUUCACACCAGGCAAGGAAUCCUGGGAAAUGUCUCCUGGUGAAAAAUGGGAGUGGGUGAAGUCACACAAGCAGAGGGGUGGCGUAAGAUUCAGGAGUGGGGAUGUGUGGGGAGCCGCACAAAGCUACAGCCAGGCUCUCAAACUCCUCAUCACUCUCUGUGGCCAUUUUAGAGAUGUGGAGAAAAAAGGGCAUGAGAAUGAAGCAGAGGAGCAGAGGAACACAAACACUGCUGGUGACACGCAACAGCUUCCUUCAGCAAACGAAUUCAGAACUAUCAAAGCAGAACUUCACUCGAACUUGUCCCUGUGCCAGCUUAAACUGAACCAACCGGAGCGGGCUAAGGCCAGCGCUGCAAAAGCCACUCAGCUGGAACCUGGUGGCGCUAAAGCCUGGUACCGACUGGGCCAAGCAUGCCAGAUGGUGAACGAGCUAGAGGAGGCCAAACGGGCAUUUAGGAAAUUGCUGGAGCUCCAGCCAGAAUUGCCUGCUGCUUUGAAGGCGCUUAAAGACAUAGCAAGUAGAGAGAAAGAGACAAAUGCACAGCUGGGACUCAGACUCAGCAAAAUGUUCAGCUGAAGAUGAAAUCUGAUCUGUGAAACAAUUCGUACUUCUCAUCAGUCACCAAUAAAUAUGAAUGCAACCGCAGCCGCUUA